AUGAAGUUGUUUGACCACGAUAGUUCAGCUUUUCUGAAAGUUGAAUAUGUGAUUGGUGGUAUUUCCACCCAUGUAUACAACACUGAAGCUCUUCAGCCAUAUAUCGAGGCGCAGAAUAAGUCCACCAAGAAUGUUGAUGAUAUACCCAUCAAUGUGCUUUACUUGAUCCAUCAGCGUGAGGGAGAUUAUAGAUUUACUGAAUCAAUUGCAUAUGUGAUUUUAAAACAAUACUACGAAAAGAAACAAGGUGGCAGUGAUGAUGCUAGUGGUAACUUAUCAGAUGUUCCUUUGAUUUGUGUUACUUUUGACUUGAGAAACCAUGGUCUGAGAUUGAUCAAUAAGUCAAAAAACCUCGAUUGGAAACAAGGUAACGAGACACACGCAUUGGAUAUGAUCAGUGGGAUUAUGGGCAAUGUUGCUGAUCUAAAACUCAUUAUGGAUUUCUUGCCAAGCUAUUUGAAUUUGGAAAAGUUGUUGACACCAGAGUUUAGACAACAGAACCAGCAUUGGAAAUUCCAAUUUAGAAAUAUCUUGAGUGGUUAUUCUUUAGGUGCCCAUACUGUGUUCCGUUUUGUUAAUGAGCAUCCAGAACAUAUUUGGGGUAUUAACCCUGUUGUUGGAUGUAUUGACUUGUCUAGUUUGUUAAUCAAUAGAAUGAAGGGGAAUAAAUUGGAUAGUCCUGAUUACGACAAAAAAUGGUUUUACUACACUUAUGAAGAAUUGCAAUUAACUGAGGAAGAAAGGGAAAAGUACCCCGAACAUUUACACAAUUACUUGUCUGCUGAAGACACGCAAAUUUUUGAAAACUUUCCAAUGAAUAAUGUUAAAAUCUUUGCCUCGUUUGGUGCCGAGGAUAAGUUGGUUCCGAUGAAGUUGAGUUCAAUAUGGUGUGAUUCGUAUUUGAACACCAAUGAUUCAACAGAGAUAUUUGUGCAAGAAGGUAAGAAGCAUGAGGUUACUGAUGAGAUGGUAGAUGGGUUCACCACAUGGCUAGUAAAGAACCUCUAG